AUGGCACCGCCCCCGCCACUUCCGCUACGGACGCGGAAGUCCCGCCCCGACGCCGGAAGUCCCGAGGCCUUGCUCGCCGAGAACCUUCCCCGUCUCCGCCGCGGAGGGUGGGACUGACUUUCGGCCCCGGGUGGGCGCCUGCUGGGCUGCCCGUGUGCUCCGGAGUGGUGUCUCGGGAGCACUGUUCUCCCGGACGCCGGCCCCGAAAGCUCGGGCCGCGGCCGCGCCAGGGUAGCGCCCGUCCCGGCGCGAGGCCCGUGCGGGGCCAUGAACGGGACGGCGAACCCUCUGCUGGACCGCGAGGAACACUGCCUGCGGCUGGGAGAGAGCUUCGAGAAGCGGCCGCGGGCCUCUUUCCACACGAUUCGCUAUGACUUUAAGCCAGCAUCUAUAGACACUUCUUGUGAAGGAGAGCUUCAGGUUGGCAAAGGAGAUGAAGUCACAAUUACACUGCCACAUAUCCCUGGGUCCACACCACCAAUGACUGUGUUCAAGGGGAACAAGCGGCCUUACCAGAAAGACUGUGUUCUUAUUAUUAAUCAUGACACCGGUGAAUAUGUGCUGGAAAAACUCAGUAGCAGCAUUCAGGUCAAGAAAACAAGAGCUGAGGGGAGCAGCAAAAUCCAAGCCCGCAUGGAACAGCAGCCACCUCGUCCACCACAGCCGUCCCAGCCCCCACCGCCACCUCCACCGGUGCCAUUCAGAGCUCCAACGAAGCCGCCAACUGGACCCAAAACUUCACCUGUAAAAGACAACCCCUCACCUGAACCACAGCUCGAUGACAUUAAAAGAGAGCUGAGGGCUGAAGUCGACAUCAUUGAGCAGAUGAGCAGCAGUGACAGCAGCUCCUCAGGCUCUGAGAGCUCUUCGGGAAGCGAUGACGAUAGCUCCAGCAGUGGGGGCGAGGACAGUGGCCCUGCAUCUCCCCCGCAGUCUUCACACCAGCAGCCCUACAGCAGCAGGCCAGCCGUUGCCAAUGGCACCAGCCGGCCACAGGGGAGCAGCCAGCUCAUGAACACCCUCAGAAAUGACUUGCAGUUGAGUGAGUCUGGCAGUGACAGUGACGACUAGCACCGGAGCUUUCAAAAUCAACUUCUGGGUGCACAAAUACGCUGAAAGAUUGGGUUCCUUUAGCAUGGAGUCCAUCGCCAAGAGGAAAUGUGGAUCAGUGACUGUAGUAGGAGUUUGAGGCUCUUGAGCUCACAGAUAUUCAAGUCUUUAACUUAGUGGUGAUGGGUGAUUUUCUUAUGUAAUUUUUGAACAAUCUCAUGUUUCAAAGUGUAAGUAGAUCUAUGGAAGAACAGAAUUAUAUUUCUAUUUGGUUAACACUGUUAAUGAAAAACAGGCAAAUAUGCCAUGGUUGAGGUUACUCAAAAGCCAUAUAUUCGCCAGGCCAGUGAUCCAAUUUUAAACCUCAGCAGCCACCAGUUUGGCCAAGUGAUUUGCACCAGUGAAAUAAAACACAAUCUUUGAGGGGUAGUGGAGAGAGGGGAACCUCAAACUGCAGCAUAGAAGAAUGUUAAAACCACUUUAGCUGUUGACACAAAGUGGUAAGGAAAUAUUGUCUGGCCUAGCCUGACAAGCCUGUAUAAAAAGGCUUCAAGAUGGAGUCCUAGAGUGUCAGCUGGGCGGGACAGUGGAGCUCUGCUAGUUCAAUCCCCACGUUUAUAGAUAAGGGAAAGGAAGCACACAGCUGGCUUAUGGCCAGUUUCCUGCUCCCCAGCCCAGGCUUUUCCCACUGUUCCCUCCUUUGAUUCUCAUUUGUUAGAAUUAGAGGUUCUUACACAUGGGCUUAACAGCUGUACAUAGCAGCUUUUAUUAGAUUCCAAAAGAAAAUGGGUACUUAUAGCUUACAUUCAGUCCAGACGUCCCUGAAUGCAUGCACCUGGAUAAGCAGAUGACACCAGCAGCCGCACAUGAUUCAGUUAACUUGGGGUGCUUCAUUCCGCAUAGACCCAUACUAUGUGUUAUUCACUCGGUGAAUUGUAGUAGGGGGAGGCAGGAAUGGAAGGAGAGGUCUAGUGAAAAAACCUUUCUGAACAAAUGAACCAGCAGCAGGUUUCCAAAAACCAGAAUCUAGAGAGGAGUUCUGCAAUAUGAAAUGAACACAUUCUUUGAUAAGGUAUUUCUGUUCAUUCUUUUGUACCACUGUUUCUGUCUGACUCCCACACUGAUCUGUAUUUUUAUAAACAACUAGAAGAAAGUCAAAGCCUUCUGCAGUGUAGUUUCCAAAUGAAUCUGUUGUAGGAAACUGGUCACUAGUAAAUGUUCCAUAUUGAGUGAAUGUAUGGUAGAUCAUCCCAUAAUUAGUAAUGAGUAGCCCAUUCUUGUAACUUGAAUGACUAUGUCCUGAGAAAUUGCCAUCUACGUGGUUCAUUGGGUAUCAAGAACAUUAAGAAUAAUUUUCCCUUGGGUCCAUCCACUCGGAUGGCUUUUCCCUCCCCAGCUGAUAGAUGGUAGCAGUCUGGACCUGGAAAGGAAUUAGGUGAUCCAUGGUGGGGGCUUUGGCUAGAAUAUUAUGCCUUAUAGAGCCACGUGUUUCAUCCCCACACUGACCCCAGUGAGCUGGAGACAUGGGCCGGGAGCUGUCCAGCAGCAUGCUCCCCUCGCUCUGCCAGGUGUAGGGAAUGGUACACACCCUGCAGUGGGUUCCAGCCAUCGUGAGGUUUCAUAGAUUUAAUGGCAGGUAAGAACUUCAUUGAAAUGAGUUGAUAAUUGCUUUUUAAUUCCUUGGUAGUGACAGCUCAGGAAAGGUAAAGGCCGUGAUUGGGAAACUUGAAUUGUUACUGAAUGUGGGAAUUAUUUCACUGCUCUUGCUCAAGCUAGGGCAGGUUCUAGGAACUUGAACUAAAAAUACCUAUUUAAACCUCUCCUUCCUUUUUUUUCUCCCCAAGUCUUUGUUUAUAUAGACAGAACUGUGGCUUUGGGCAUGUUUUUUGCAUAGGAAAUGCUUGCAUAUAGCACUGGAUUUGGCUUCAGGCCCUCCCCUGUCUUCAUCCUACCCAACACUGCAUGGUUAUCCUCUAGCACAGCUCCCGUUUGGUACUGUGCACAAAGCCUUGGGGGUUCUUUCCAUCAUCUUCCAGCUUUACCCACCGCAGUAAGGAAUCUUCUCUUCUUGGUGAUCAAGAAUUUGGCCUCACAGAGUACUUGCUCUCAGCACUCCUGACUAGCCAUCUCUCUGCCCCCUUCCCCUUCCAAGCCACACCCAUGAGGUUCCGUCCUUGUGGAUUCUUCCUCUCUUCAGCCCAGUGGAGUGCUCUGUGCAGUACUGACCUUCCUCUUGCUUGAGGUCUGGUUGGUGUGAGCCCUUGGAAAGCACACUGUUACUCUCAUCUCUAUUUCCUGGGGUGUCCCCAGGAAUAGAUCAGAUGCUCAUGCCUGUGGGACAGAAACAGAGAAAACAGCCAGUAGAGUAUGGAGGGUAGACACAAAACAUUCCAGACAUUUGGAGACUGCUAAAAACUUUCCAGCUCAUAUUCAUGAUUUCAAAAAUCUCUAAGUGAAUUGUUAAAAUUGCCUGUUCUUUGCUCUGUACAAUGUCUGCUAUACUGCAGGUCACUAGACUUAAGCUGGAAGCAUCCAAGGAGCCGUAGCAGGCCACAGUGAAGAUGUGGUUUGGAAAAGUAAUACAGACAAACUAGAGGUUUGUAAUGAUGCCACUCAUUAACCUUUUUUCUAUAGCAGAAUCAUUGUUUUCUAUGUGUGUGCUUCAGGGAUGGGAAAACUUGAAAAUUCCAAGAUCCUUCCUUCCAUAUUUGAGAGGCUAGUUAAGUAAGGUGUGUGUGUGUGGUUGUGUGUGUGUAUCUGUGAUGUAUUUAUUACAUUAUUUUGAAAGAGUAAUAGUCUGUUAUGUGAACAUAUGUUAGGUACAACCAAAUUGGAUAUUUCCAUUUGGUAAGGAUGGUAGAGUUUCUAAAACUCAGGCUUUAACCAGUAGGUUGGAAGACAAGACCAAUUGAAGAGUUGUGAAAUAUGUUUUUGUUGCUUCUGUUAUUUUUCUCUUGGGUUUAUUGUCUUAUUCUUUAAUCAUUUUAAAAAUCUUAUGCCUAAAAGUUUAUUCUUAAUUAUGAAGUAGACGUGCAUGUUUACAUUGCUGUGUAAAGUUUUUUUGGUUCUCUUAAAAGAUCAUUAUAUUUAAGUAAAAAAUGAAAGUCAGCAAUACA